CUAAAAUGAAGCUUCACUCUAAAAUUAAAAAAAAUUAAAGAACAAUCUGACCGGAUAAAGGGGGAGGAGUCGAUUGUGGGCGGCCAGAAGCAGCGAGAAAUUCAUUCAUGUUUUACAUUUUCAUUCCUUUCUUCAGAUUUUCCUUCCCUUCUCCUGGUGCGAGGAUGCAAUUCCAGCGCAAUUUCCUACCGUAACCCUCCGUCCCGCACCGCGAUUUCUCUCUAAAGCAAACAAAUUGUUAUUCCUAACUUCAAUUUCAUUCUCACUCUUCACAGCUGACACAGCGCUUGAGGGUCUUACAUUAUGAUUCAAGUAGCGAAUCCGUUCGAAUUACUUCAAUUUAAGACUUCUUCUUUCUUCGGAAACAUCACAAAACCCUUAAUUUCCUUCCAACAAGCACAAACUAGAAGUUUUAUUAGGAAACCGUUAGUUAUCAAAGCUAGGGCAAAUGCUAGAAAAGAAAGUGCCAAAAUUCGAAACAGAAAAAUGCAGAAAAAGUUUAAUGGAACAGCAACACAUCCAAGGCUUUCGGUAUUUUGCUCCGAUAAGCAAUUGUAUGCAAUGCUGGUAGAUGAUCAAAAUAAGAAGUGUUUGUUCUACGGAAGUACGCUGCAGAAAUCGUUCCGAGAAAAUCCUCCUUGUAGUACUGCUGAAGCUGCUCAACGAGUUGGGGAGGCUCUUGUGAAAGUCUGUGUUGAUCUCGACAUAAAUGAAAUAUCAUCGUACGAUCGCAAUGGGUUCGGUCACGGAGAAAGGCUAAAUGCCUUUGAGAUUGCCAUUUCGAAUUAUGGAUUCUUGUCUAGAUAGGACAAACCAACAAUUGAAGAAUCUUAUAACUAAAGUUUGUAAGUAGGUCGAGCAAAGUUUGUUGUAAAUUGCAACCAUUUGAUGAAAAGUUUGGAGUACAGGUGAAGUGCUGCGCAUGAAGAAAUGUCUGGUGUCACCUAAUUGAUGAUGCAAAGCCAUAUGUUGACUCAAGGUAUAAGACUGACACGAAACUAGCUCCAUGCACAGUGCAAUGAAUGAAUACAAGAUCCAAUGGAUAUUAUACCAUGAUUCAAGAAACCAUCCGGGAAACUAGCACCAUGCACAGUCUGUAUAACAAAAGGGAAGUUUUAAGAGAAUUUACAUGAAGAAAUUUUUACUUGAAGCGUGUGAAACAAAAUCAUAUGAAUACUAUUUGAUGACUAGAAAAUUGAAGCACCAGUGCUAUUCCUAAAAUUGUAUUAUUUACAAUAUUUUUCCUCAUGCUAUAAAUAAAUAUCAUCAUUUCCAAAAUACAA